AUGGAGACCCGCUUUCCACGUCACUCGCAGGCCGACGCCGACAUCAUGUCCCAUCCGCAGCCCGUGUGCGACUUCUCGACCACCCCGACCUCCUCGCAGCCCAUGAAGGCGGGCUUCAAGACCGGCCGCCGCCAGCACCGCAGCUGCGACCAGUGCCGCAAGGGCAAGCGCGCCUGCGACGUCGCCUUCGCCAAGGAGCCGGGCGGAAACUCGGACGACAUCACCGCCCUCGGGCCGUGCUCCAACUGCAAGCGGACCGGCAAGAACUGCACCCUGCAAUGGCUGCGCGCCGUCCACCGCGCCUCGCUGCGCCCGCGCCGCGACUUCGACACCCCUGCCGACCCGGCCAAGCCCGACGACGACACCACCACCACCACCCUCUCCCAGUCGCCCCAGGCCCAACAAGGCGCUCGGACCCUGCCCACGGCCUCUGAUCAGCAGCCGGGAGCUGCCUAUGCUUACUCGUACCCUUACUCGCCCACCGUCGCCGAUCCCGUGUUGGCCGUCCUGCUGCCGCCUCAGCACCAGCACCAGCAUCAGCAGCAUCAGCAGCAUCAGCAGCACCAGCAGCAACAACAACAACAACAACAACCCCUUCCCGAUCAAUGGCCCGCGUCCGGCUUCGACCCUCUGCCCCUGCGCGCCGUGGCCGACGCCCUGGACGACGAUUUCCGCUUCGAGCAUGUCCCGCAGGAACAGCAGCCGCAACAGCAGCAACAGCAACAGCAGCAGCAACAACAUCAGCAGCAGCAGCAACGUGAACAGGCCGACUACCAGCGUGCCUUCUUCCCCACGGCCGCGGCGCCGCCGCCGUCGAACGUGUCGCCCGGGUCCAACGGGCUGUACCUCGCGGGCGCGGCCUGGGAGUGCGACGAGACCAGCGAGAGCCCGGAGAGCGUGGAGCAGGCGGUCGAAGACGUGCUGACCGAGUCGGUGACGCAGAACGAGCUGGUGCCGUGGCGCAUGGCGGCGGGCGGCGGCGGCGGCGGCGGCUUCGGGCAGACGCGGGCCCGCAGCCCGUCGUCGGCCGCCAGCUUCAGCAGCUUCAUCGACCACCUGCAGCCGUCGACGCUGCAGAGCCGGCUGUCGUCGACCAUGAACCAGUCGGUGCUGACCAAGGGGCUGUGGAAGGUGUACCACGACAGCUUCGAAAACGCCCUCUCCUGCUGGCUGACGGAGAAGACGUGCCCGUACACGUACCAGAUGCUGCCGGCGCCCGGAGACAGCAGCAACGACGCGGCCUCGUCGUUGUCAGAGGUAUGGGGUCCCGCGUGGGUGGAUCCGUCGUACAUCGCCGCUCUCUUCGGCGGGACUGACCAAGAUCCUUCUUCACAGGGCAAUCGCAUCGUCAAGCGCGUGUGCCACCUGGACAAGUCGUGGGCGAAGCUGCGCCACCGCGGGCCCAUGAGCCAGCAGGAGGACCGCGCCGCGUCGCGCGCCCUGCAGCUGUCCAUCAUGGCCUUCGCCACCCAGUGGGCCCAGGGCAGCCAGCGCAGCUCCGCCCAGUUCGCCGCCGACGAUGCCGGCAUGCCGUUCCCCUUGGACGGCGAGUUUGACCGCAUGCUGCAGGAGUCGUUCUGGCACCAGGCCCGCCGCGCCCUGCAGGACGCCGCCGACUGCGAGUCGUUCCGCGUCGUGCUGGCCCACAUCAUCUUCUCCUUCACCCAGAAGCCCCUCAACCUGGACCAGCACGUCGCCGCCGACGCCGCCGAGGACGGCGACACGUCGCGCCUCGACGACAUCAUCGAGGCCGAGGGCCCGCCCGUCUUCCUGGAGACGGCGACGAGGCAGGUCUUUGCCCAUCGCGCCAAGCUCAACCGCAUGAUGGGCCGCACCGGCCCCUCCAGCCCAGCCAGCAAUCUGGAAACAGCUGACCGCAAGACAUUCGACAUGAUGUUCUGGCUCUGCGUCAUGUUCGACACGCUCUCGGCCGUCAUGAACGACCGCCCCCUCAUCGUCUCGGACAAGGACAGCAAGAUCCACCCGGACCGGAAAGCCAGCGCCUCCAGCGCCACCAGCAACGGCUCGGCCGCCAACAUGUUCGACGCCGGCUCGACCGGCGACCUCUUCACCGACGGCGCCUUCUCCGCCUCCCUCCCGGAAGAGCCGUCCGGCGACCUCUGGGGCGACCUCUUCCUCAAGCCCAAGCAGCUCCGCUGGGGGAACCAAGGCAUCCCGCGCUGGCCCUGCUCGUACGAAGAAGCCGCCACCACGCUCUGCAACGCCUCGCCCGUCAAGGUCCUCCUCUACCGCAAAGUCGCCCGCCUCCAAACCCUCAUGUCGCGCGUGUCCACAGCCCCCGCAAAGAUGGAAGCCUCCGUCACCGAAUCGCUCAAGGUCUACCAGCACUGGAACGCCACCUACCGCCAGUUCUUCCUCGACUGCAUAAACCACCACGAGUCGCUCCCGCCGCGCAUCCAGUCCUGGUACGUCAUCCUCGCCGGCCACUGGCACCUCGCCGUCCUGUCGCUCGCCGACAUGCUCGCCCGCAUCGACGAGGGCGGCAUGGGCCUGGAGCCGCAGCGCGAGCAGCGCGCCCGCUCCCGCCUCGUGGCCAUGCUGCGGAAGGAGAACGCGUCGGCCAUGUCGGACGUCGGCCGCGUGUCGUCGCCCGGCGGCGCCGACUCGUCGUUCGCCCGCGCCCAGGACUUCCACUUCGCCGUCAACAAGGGCGCGCUGCUGACGGAGCCGUGGACCGUGGUGCUGGUCAGGGCUUUUGCAAAGUCGGCCCGCGUGCUGCUCGACCUGGUGCCCGCGCCCGACCAGAUGCACCUGUCGCCCGCGAUGAACGGCGUCGGCGUCGGCGUCGGCGUCAGCAUGGGCGCCGCGGAUGAGUACAUGCGCCGCUGCGAGCACUGCAUCAAGGCCUUGUGGUACCUCGGCCGCAAGUCGGAUAUGGCGUACCUCGUCGCGACCAUCUUGUCCAAUUCGCUCAAGGCGAAGGCGAUGAAGUUGGCUGCGCCGUCGCCCUUGCGACAGAAUAGCGGCGUGGGGGCUGCGGCGGCACAGCAACAACAACAACAACAACAACAACAGCAACAGCAGCAGCAGCAGCAGCAGCAGCAACAGCAGCAACAGCCUCCUCAGCCUCGCCGACCGACCAUGGACUCGAAUUUCUACGACCCGUGGCAGGGAUGGGGGAACGGUGGCCAUUUGGACACGUCGCUCUAUGCUACGUUAUAG